AUGAAUCCUGCUAAGAUGACAUGGGCUUUUAGACUUAAAAAGGGAAGAUGGAUGAAUGAGAAAACCAUUUUGAAAGAACCUCGAAAAACCAUUGCUGUAAAUCUAGACGAAACAUUAAGUCAUACUUAUGAAGCAUUGCUUAAUUGGCAUAAUGAUUUUUAUCAUACACAAUAUCGACUAGAAGAUCUUACUACAACAGAUCUAUGGAAAGUAUGGGGUGGGAGUCGUGAAGAUACAUGUCACAAGAUUCGACUUUUUUAUCAAUCAGAAUAUUUUCAAACUAUUCAACCCAUUCAAGAUUUUGCUUUGGAAGCUCUCAAAAUGUUAAAAAAAAGAAAAUUUCAAUUGGUGAUUAUUACAUCUCGACAACAAUUCAUUGCAGAAGAAACAAAACGAUUUGUAGAUAAACAUUAUCCAGGUAUCUUUGAAAGUAUUUACUUUUGUAAUCUUGGAUUAUCUGAAAAUGAACAAUUGGAAUAUAUCAGCAAAACAAAAUCAACUAUAUGUCAAGAAAUAGGUGUCGAUGUAUUAAUUGAUCAUCAAUUAGAACAUUGUAUGGAUUGUGCUGAUUUAGGAAUGGAUGUUUUACUUUAUGAUCGAAAAGGUCAAUAUCAAUGGAAUCAUCAUCAACAACAAUAUUAUGAUAAUAUUAAAAGGGUCACUACUUGGCGUGAUAUUAUUCGACAUCAUUUUCCAAAACCAAAUAGUCCUUUACGUCAUCUUAUAUAUUCAAUGGAUCAACAACAACAACAACAAGAUGAUGAUGAUGACGACGAUGAUGAUGAUUAUGAUCAACAUGAAGUUAUAGUAUUGGAACAAAAUGAUGAAGAUGAGGAAGAUGAAUGGUCUAUGAUAGUAUAAUUAUAUUUUUUCCCCUUUUUUUUUAUCUAGUUAUUUAUUUUAUCUUAUGUUAUUUUUUUUUUAUUUUACUUUUAUUUUCAUUUUUUUAUUUUUAUUUUUUUUUAUUUUUUUUUCUACUAUUAGCAUUAUAUUAUAUUUAUGAUAUACAUUUCUCAUUACUCUUCAAGCAUAACAUCAUCAUUACUUAGUUACAUAUAUUACAUUUUACACUCUUUUCAUCAUCCAUUCAUAUUUAGCAUACCCCUCUUUAUAGGUUUUAC